AGAAGCACGCAUUCGCACACCGCUGUGUGCUGAGGUCGCCAAAAGACAGAAACACGCAUGCGCACACCGCAGUCCGUGGGGCGCUAGGCUGAAGCGUCCUGACUGCGCAGGCGCAGCGGGGGUGGUCGCCAUGGAGACGCGUGGCCCUGGCCUGGCGGUCCCCGCGAAGAGCCGCCCACUAGUCGGCAGCGGGUCUCAGGCGCCCCGGGGGCGGGUUGGGUUGCAGCCCAGCAGGCGGAUGGACCGCCGCGGUGGGGCAGAGGCAUCGGGGUACGAGGACAACGACGGCGAGGAGGAGGAGCGGGAGGGCGGCGCCGCGGGCCCGCAGGGGUCUAGACUGCCCCCCAUCCCAGGCGGCGCCUCCGAGCUGGCCAAACGGAAGGUGAAGAAGAAGAAAAAAAGGAAGAAGAAGACCAAGGGGUCUGGCAAGGGGGACGAUAAACAUCAGAGCCCGAGCGUGAAGAGCCAGCUGCUUUCUUCCUCCUUUCAUGACAUCUUAAGUCCUGGCAAAGACCGUGGCCCGAAACCGGAGCACAGACAGAGCAAAGUGGAGAACAGGCACCUCCCUUCGGACUCCUCCACCGUCAGCCUCCCCGACUUUGCCGAAAUAGCCGAGAACCUUGCGAACCAGAUCAACGAAAGUCUGCGCUGGGAUGGAGUUCUUGCUGACCCAGAGGCAGAGAAGGAAAGGAUUCGCAUCUAUAAACUGAACCGGAGAAAGCGGUACCGGUGCUUGGCCCUCAAGGGCUUCCACACCGACCCUGAUGCCCUCAAGAGCUUCCACACUGACUCCAAUGCCCUCAAGAGCUUCCAGUCCGACCCCGGCGCCCUCAAGAGCUUCCAGUCCGACCCCGACGCCCUCAAGAUCUUCCAGUCCGACGCUGACGCCCUCAAGGGCUUCCAGUCCAACCCCGACGCCCUCAAGAGCUUCCAGUCCAACCCCGAUGCCGAGGAGACCCCUGAGAACUUACCCUACCUCUCAGACAAAGACAGCAGCUCCAGCUGCAGGCAGCCCACAUCGACAGCUGAGCACCCCAAUCUCUACUUGGAAGGAAACCUUACCCCAAAGCUUCUACGCUCUGAUUUAGCUCCUACUCUGCUGGAGUAAAACUCCACCCACAAUGCGACAAACUGGUAAUUUCUCCUUACCACAAGUUUAUGUGUUAAAAACAGUCAUCACAAAAGAAAAUGAGGCCAGUACACGGGCGAGGCCGACUCUCCCAUCACCAGGAUGCCCUUGGCUGCCCGGGAAAGCCACAGCUCCUCGAGAACAUACGCAAUUUAGUGAACAGAAUUCUUUUCAGAAUUUCCUUUUUCUUAAAUAAGCAUCUCUGUUAUUUCUCACCACAGCUAGUUGUCUAUAAUCUGCCCCCAAAAGAAAAGAAAGUGUGUAGAUUAUUUACAUCUUAAAGUCUCCAUCUCAUGGUGAAACUCCUCACACAGUACCUGCUUCUGUCGGCCCAAGGACCAUGCUCUGAACCUCUUGGAGCCUUUUUCUGUUUUAAUUAAAUGCACGUCCUGCCUUUAAACGGCCUCA